AACUUCACAGUGCCACAAAAAGCAAGUGAUGAUUUGACUGAUGGAAAAGCAAAGUCUUCUCUUUUAUGAGUUGAGACUCCUUGCUCCCAAAGGAAACAAUACUUUUUUUACCUCUUUUCUCACCGCCACAAACAAGCAAUCCUCAACCAAACAAAACCAUCACUUUCAUUUCACUGCACAGUGCUCAUCUUCUGAACAAACAAAGAAACAAGCUGAUAUCAUCAUCAUGGACUUCCACAUCAUGCCCAGUAUUCACUCUUCAAACCGCCUCUCUACUCUCCAACCUGCUCGACUUCACUCUGCUGAUGAUUAUUCAGUCAUCCAUUACACAGAUGUCGAUGAUGUGUUCCAAUCUGAUAUCCGAUGUCCUUUUUGUGAUUUUGAAAUUCAAGUUCCUUUGCUCUGCAGUGAUUUGGAAGAGGAGUAUUGUUCUUCCCUAAACAAUGUGGUUUGUCCUGUGUGUGAAGAAAAUUUAGGGAAGGAUACAAUCACACAGUUUGCACAUUCAAGCUCGCGAAAGUGGGGGUGGAAGUCUGAGAAAUCUAGCAUAUGGUCUGGUAAUUCAGCAAUGUUUGGCAAGAAAUUAGCUGCCAUGGGAAACAAACAAGAAUCGAUACCUGAUCCGCUUUUGUCACCAUUUGUCUGCAACGUGCCCAUUCCUGAAUUGAAUGGUAUCCAUCAAGGUGAAAAAUCCAGCCUCAGCAAAAAAGAUAUAGACUUUCAUAAUGUUAAAAGGUCUGCGACUGAUGAUGUCGAGCAAGAUCAACAAGAACAACGGCUGAAGGCAGCUUUUGUUCAAAAUUUGAUAUUAUCAACCAUAUUCGAGUAAAUUUGUUUUAGAAUUUAAUUUAUGGUGGCCGUAAGUCAUGAAUUAGUAGCAGCUUCUUACAUAUUCAGAUAGCCUAUGAAUUAUGAUGCUGGUCCAAGAGGCACCGGGUUUUAUUGCGGUGCGUCAGUUGAGGAUGUGAAGUAGUGUAAGCAAUAGUUAUGUUGAGGCCAUAUGUAUUUCAUUGUAUUUUUCAGACCUCUAUUAAAGUUUGAUUUUUCGGUUAAAUCUGUAGAAAUUUGUUUCGAAUCUACUUUACUGCUGUAUAUCGAGGGCAUGGUAAUGGUGAUCUCCUAGUAAGGUUACACUGA